GCUCUCACAACCGCAAAGCUAAACACCAACCUCUACACAGCCAUGGACAACGUCUCAUCUCUGGAGUGCCUGAAAUUGGAUUCCCAGUCGGAGGUGCUCGAUAAGGACGGUGGAGAAAAUGAUCUUUUCUCGCCAGCUAUUCUCCCCCUCAACUGUGACACACCAAUAAUCGAGACUAGGGCUGAAGAACCAGAGACUACAGAACCAACGGAAGAAGAACUUAUUGCUUUUUGGAACAAGACUGAAGAAUCAGAGGAUGAAGAAUCAGAGGAUGAAGAAUCAGAGCAUUGGAAAUGUGAAGAAUCAGAGGAUUGGAAAUUCGAGGUUGAAGAAUCAGACGAUGAAAAAUCUAAGGAUGGAAAAAGUUAUGGUCAAUGUAAGUGUUGUUUAAAGGUGGAUAAGCACCCUACACAACUAUGCUCUUAUAUGUAUCGAGUCCCAAAGAACGCAAUUGUUGGCGAGAGUUGUGUGGUUGCAUGUCUUGUAUGUGGCGGCCUCUUUAGAGACUCAUGCUGUGGUGGUUGUGGCCUAAGCGCAGGACGAGCAAUUCUCAAGGAUUGUACAAUCUGUGGGAAGCAAGAAGAACACUCGAAUUUUGAGUGCCCGGAACGUAAGGAUUCUGGUUUUACUUACGACCCUUAUACUGGUUCUUUUUCUGUCAAGACUCUCCCUUUGAAAUAGGAGAGAAUGAGAGUUAAUUGUACUUUAGAGUUAAAGCAAAAGAGCAAGGAGUGCUAUUUUCCAUAAAUGCUAUGUAUCCUAUCAUUUUGAUGUCUACAUUGUGUAUUGUUUUUAUCGCAAACGAAUUGCGAUUUGCAGCACAUGGUCUAUUAUAUUGUUAUGCUUGAACAUGUGAGAAUUCAUCUAUUUAUAAAAUGUCUAAAGUAAAAGGUGGUUUUUAUC